AUGAAUAGAGUAUUUAAGGAUUUCCUAGAUAAAUUUGUCGUUGUUUUUAUCGAUGAUAUCCUUAUAUACUCAAAGUCAGAAAAAGAACGUGAGGAGCAUCUAAGAUGUACGCUGGAAACUCUAAAAAAUGAACAACUAUAUGCCAAAUUCAAGAAGUGUGAAUUUUGGCUCGAUAAAAUUAACUUUUUGGGACAUGUUGUAUCAAAAAGUGGGAUUUUGGUGGAUCCAGCUAAGGUGGAAGCAGUAAAAGGAUGGUCCCAGCCAAGGAAUGCAACUGAAGUAAGAAGUUUUCUAGGAAGAUCGAUUCAAAUAUUGCUUUUUCUCACUCGAAUCGCGCUGGAUGCAAAUAACCAUCUAUAUCCAGUUGCAUUUGGUAUUGUGGAUAGUGAGAAUCAUGAUUCUUGGAAGUAUUUCAUGUCAAAGCUAAAGGAAGCAAUUAGGGAAGUCGAGGACCUGGCGUUUGUAUCUGACAGGAAAUCCGAGUUCCGCGCUAACUUCGAAAAAAUCAAAUCAAAAGACCCAGCCAUUGCUCAAUACCUAGAAGGCAUGGGUUUUGAUAAGUGGUUUCGUGCUUACUUUCCUAGAAAUAGGUAUAAUAUAAUGACAAAAAAUUACGCUGAAAGUUUCAACAAUAAGACUCGGAACGCUAGGAGCUUUCCGAUAACUACAUUCGUGGAAUUUAUUCGCUUCACACUACAGUCCUGGUUCUGUGAUAGGAGAGAAACUAGCGAGAAGACAAUUACAACUCUUGCACCGACCUAUGAGAAAAAUUUGGUGGAUAUGGCCGAGAAAGCUCGAUUCUUGAUUCCUUAUGCAAUAGGGAGGCAUGAGUUCCAUGUGUUAGAUGGCGAGCUGAAUGGUGAAGUCGACCUCCUGAAUAAGACAUGCACAUGUGGCGUGUUUCAAAUUAUUGGUAUCCCAUGUGCUCAUGCACUAUCUGGAUCUCUUAAGCGAGGGGUGAACUUUUAUUCGUUGUGUUCAGAUUACUAUAAAAUUGAGACAUGGAGGUCCUCUUACACAAAAUCUAUAUAUCCUACUGGUAACGAGGAAGAGUGGAUUGUUCCACAUGACAUUAUGACAAUAAAAGUGAGAACACCUGCGCAGAAAAACCCUGUUGGUCGUCCAAAGAAGAAACAAGGUAGGCCUAAGACGAAACGCCAUCCUUCCAAUGGAGAGAAAUGUGUUGUACAACGCAAGUGCAGCACUUGGGGAGGUCUAGGCCAUAAUAGGGCAACUUGUAAAGUUUGUGUUUGA